AUGGUUCCAGGCCGAAGAUUUUUCUAUUCCAUCGUGGACCAUGCUGUAUUUCGUUUGUCAACAAAAAAACGAUACCACUCUCGAAAUCUCUUCCGUCGUCUUCGCCACCAUUCAGAACAAAACAACCGCAUGCAAAUCACCUUCAAUGACCUGGAUACUGAUGUAGUGGACAUUAUCCUCCGUAUGUUUUAUGCAGACAGUGGGGCGGGUACCGAUGGGAUUAAUACCCCUCCUCCGAUUACCAUUGGCGCUGUAUGCAGCCAGUGGAGAAACUUCGUACGAGCACGUCCAAUGUACUGGGGAUUUAUCACACUCAGGUUAUCGGUAAAAAACUUAAGGAUAAUGGAAGAGCUAUUCGCGGACUGGAUUCAAUGCGCUUCAACGAACAUUUCUCUGGACAUCAGUAUCUCUACCACAGAUGUCGCCGUUGAUUUACCUUCCACUUUCAAAUCACUUAUUCUUGGUACCCAUAGGCAAUGGGAAAAGUUUUCUUGUGACGACGUUGGUUCUAUCUGGUCGUCUUUCUUUUCCACAGCACAAUCCUCGGAUCCAUUCCCGCUUCUCCAUACCGUCUCAUUCGACCUGUAUCUGCACGAUCGUAUCGACUUCAGACCGGCCAAAAAUCUCCGUUAUGUAUACAUUUCAAAUUCUUCCAUUACUACCCCCACGUUCAACUGGAAACAUCUGCGCGAUCUUGCUUGGUACCAAACCACAGUAAAGGAUGUCGAAGUGUUCCUCGGGGAGCUCCGGGAUAUCUACGACAUGGAACUGGUCUUCGACGAUAACGAACAACGAAAAUUCGGCAAAGCAAAAUCUUGUAUAUUAAACCAUCUCGGAAUCUUCGCUGUCGAAGGCGAUUCCACGAAUCUACAGACUGUCCUCAAUGCGAUUACUGCGCCUAACAUAACGAUCCUAUGCAUUACUCUAGUUCCAGACGGAGAUUCACGUUGGGUUAAUUCCUUAUUAGACAUGAAGAUAAGAUCGUCUUGGUUCCAGUCUCUGACCCACUGCACGUUUUCGGAUAUCGAUACCAGCGAACAUGACGUCGUUGAGAUCCUCAGAGGGCUAUGCUCAAUGCGAGUCCUUAAAUUUUAUCGCCCACAGUUUCUCCUCAGUGAUUACUUUGUGUCCUCUCUGGAUCCUUCAUUCGCAUUCGGAGGGAGAUGUCUGCUCCCGUGCCUCGAAGACUUUGAAUGUUACAGGGCUAUAAUAUCCUUCACACCAAACGCUUUGUUCGCGACUUUGGUUCAUCGACUCGCACUUUGGGAGAACAGGGCUUUCGCUCCCAACGCUCAAGAGUACAAGAUCACGGAUGUCCGUCCUAUCACCUUGUUCAGGGUUAGUCACGACUGUAAAGAAUGGUCCCCCCUUAACGGUUAUCUGUCCCCGAGCCACACAAAGGAGUGGGAUAAGAAAGCGCAGUCAUUGAAGAAUAUGGGCAUAACAAUUGAUAUGAUUUUUAUCGACCUUCCAGAAGACAACGGGUUUUAA